UCUUCCACACAGGUUGCACCUUUCUAUCAUUGUUCACCCAAACAGAACCUCACAAGGGAAUGAAAUGGACUCUAUCAGUGAAGCGGAGAGUGCCACUGAACUUGAAGCUUUGUGCAAGCAGGACUCCUCUUGGUAUCCCUGCCAGGUUUCCCUUAGCUCUACUGAAGAUAGCUUAAUAGUCGACUUUGGGAGGCAGGAGUUGGAAGAAAUGGUGUUGAACAAGGAUGAAGUGCUUACACGUCUUCGUUUUCGUUCUGCUCCUCUUCAGGGCGACGACUGCUCUCACAUUGAAGGAGACCAUGUUCUUGCUAUACAUAAAUCACCAUUUAAGAGCCACUUGUAUGAUGCCAAGGUGGAAAAGGUGACCAGAGUGCGACACUCUACAAGGGUCUAUUGCAGAUGCACUUUUACGAUUAAGUGGCUUCACCCAGACUUUGAAGGAGAGAUGGUCACAAUCCCAUCUAGUUCAAUCAUGAAACUAGCAAGCAAAAGCAUCACUUCCCAUCCAACUAUUUCCGCAUUAUUGAAAUCAGUUGAGCAAAUGGGUUUGUGUACUAUACCUCCCCUUCCAAUCUUGCAUGGAGAUAUUGAUGUUGAAUUCGAAUUCGACUUCAAUAAAUUAUUGGGCAAGCAAAUAGAAGAGAUCAACAUUUCAGCUAAUGGAGUCGCAAAUGAAAUUACAGUAGACAUAUUACAGGGGCUUAAAGCUAAUCACAAUGGAAAUCUUACUGGAUCAAAAAUAGGCACUUCAAAACUUCAGGUUUCUCAUGGCCAGGAUCAUUUGAAAUCUGUCACUAAUAUGUCUGGUAACCUGGAUGGAAACAAAGAAGAUGAGGACCCACAGCCCCCUUUCUCAUCCAUACAUGAAGAGCAUUCAGAGCACAGGUCUCAUAUUAGUCCUCUUGCUGCUCGUGCAGCUCUGGCCUCCCUAGUAUCACUUGCUAACAAGCAUAUUGCUAUAAGUGGGACUGAACUUUUCAAGUCCAGUGACUGUAAUGAUACGUCUACAAAGGUAUCCUCUGAUACAACCAAACCUGUAGUAAAUGGAAAUGGGAAAUCAGGCUCAGGUGCCAGAACAACUCGUUCAACAGCUCAGAAAGGUUUUGGACCUCAGAAAAGUAAUUUGCGUGAUUCUGCUGAAGCCAUCAAGUUAAGGGCCUUAACCAACAAAGGAAGCUUGACUCGUUCAGCAUUCAAAGAAGAAAAGGAUAUAUCAUCUAUGGCAUUUAAGCAAGGAUCAGAAGAGAGCAAGUCUGCUCAAACUACAGGAUCAUAUUCUUCUGAAGGAAAUGACACUGUUCAUGAAAGCAAAAUUUUGAGAAAGAAGAAUGAUUUAUCAAAGAAAGCAGUUUCUUCACCCCUUUAUUCAGAGAGUAACAGCCAUAAGGAAAACCUGACAUCCGGUGAUCUUGGGGCCAUUCAAGAUUUUCAGAUGAACACUUUUGCCAAAGACAUUAAGUCGAGCGUUUCAAUUAACUUGGGGAGGUUAACUCGUUCCAGGAUCUCUUGUAAAGAAAAUUUGGUAGUUCCUGAAAGCCAUGCAGUAGAAAAGGAAAAUCGUGAAUCAAAAAAGAAGAAAUCUGUCAAGUCAUCUCAGGAUGACAGUACACUAGUUGAAGAAAGUAAUAGCAAACACGCAUCUGGUACUGUCAGAAACAUUCGACAAACUGAAGGUUAA